UUAUAGUUUUUAAUUUUAAAAUAAUGUUUUUUAGACCCACUUUUGAGGUUCUGACUAGAGGCUGGUCAGUUCCGCUUUUUGAGCAGUUCACUUAAGAACAUACCCAGCCAGUUUCCUAACUAUUGCUAAUUGUGUCAAGGCCAAGAUUUAGACAACUUGGAACAGCUCCAAAGACAACGAUGCCCCAAAUAAUGUGAAGUGAUUCAAAAUUAGCCAAUGCGCAAGGAACUCUGGUAACUUGUCUAUCCCUACAACUCCAGUUUGCUGUUACCCUUUGUAAUUAUAUCUUCAAUAAUCUUAUGUCCAAAUAAGGUCAUAUUCUGAGGUACUGGGAGAUAAAACUUGACCAUGUGAAUUUGGGGAGGGGGCUACAGUACAACCCAAGACUGGGAGUAUUUAUCAAAAUCACAUACAUGACUUUCCUAUGACCCAUUAAUUUCAUUCCUGGGUAUAGAUCCCAGAAAUGAAGGCAUUUGCAGGCCAAAAGAUGCACAAAACAAAAAUGCUUAUGAAAAUGUUAUUUAUGUUAGCCCCAAACUGAAAAAAUCCAAAAGCCACAGGGAAAUAAAUGAAUAAAUUAUAUUACAUUAAUAAGAACCAAUGGAUAGUAUUAAAGUGAAGUAUGCACAGAAUUUCACUUCAGUCCAAAAACUGGCCAAACGAGUCAAGAAGGAACUUGAAGGAAACUUUGAGAAAUGAAAAUGAUGUAUACCUUGGCCUUGGAAGUGAUUAUAUGAAAGCACAUAUAAAUAUAUAUGCAAAAAUCAUCAAGCUGUACACUUAAAUUUUGUGCAUUUUAUCAUGUGCAAUUUAUGCUUUCAAAAGUACCACCUUUUACAAAACUUGUUGUGUAAUUUUUCUUGGUAUAUCUGUGCUUUUUGGAGAGCCAAUGAGUAGUCAGCAUUGGCUUUUUUCUUCCUCUUAAUCACUCAGCAGAACUCACUGACAUUUCCUCUCAGUGACUAAUCAACCAGAACCAUAUAGAAUAGAGAUGAGGAUAAAGAUACACAAAUGACCAAGAAACAUUCAACCUUUUUGAACUUAGAGUAAACAAAAGUGACCCAGAGAGACACAGUCACUGAGUCCACUGACUGAGUUCCAGUGGAUUUCAGUGGAGGCAGAAAACCACUCCAGAUGCAUACUUCUCAGAAGACUUCAGCUCUGAGGGUACUGACCUUCAUUAUUAUCAUAGUGCUUGCUUCAAGUACUUCAUGCAUGCAUGGAAAGCAGACGACACAGAACAUUUCAGCCCUUCCUCAAGAAGUUAAUACUUCACUGACUGUGCUGAUGGGUACAAAGGCUGAGCUCUGUUGCUCUCCUAUCCCAUUGACAAAUGUGGUGCUAAUAACAUGGGAAAUAAUCCUCAGAGACAGGCCGACCUGCAAAAUAUCCUACAAGGAGGACACAAAUGAGAUCACAAAAAACAACUGUACUGAUGAGAGAAUCACCUGGGCCUCCAGACCUGAUGUAAACCCUGAACUUCAGAUCCACCCAGUGGCUCUCAGUCAUGAUGGCUAUUACAGGUGUCAAAUGGCAACACCUUAUGGGAAUUUCGAUCAUGGGUAUCGCCUCCAAGUGUCAGUUUGCCCUGAAGUGACGCUGUCUCCCGUCAAGAACAGAACCGCGGUGUGCAAGGCUGUUGCAGGGAAGCCGGCUGCGCAGGUCUCUUGGGCCCCAGUAGGGGACUGUGUCACUGAGCAAGAACAUUGGGACAAUGGCACAGUGACUGUCUGGAGUACGUGCCAUUGGCCAGAUAGCAAUGUGUCUGCUGUGACCUGCUCUGUCUCCCAUUUGUGUGGCAACAAGAGUAUAUCCCAACGUUUACUUCCUGAUUUCAGAGACCUGGGAUAUUCAGUGUCGUCUUUACUGAUCAUUUGCUAUGUGAAACUCUGUCUUUUCAUGGUCAUUCUGGUCAUCGUGGGAUGCAUUUUCUUCAAGAACAUAGAUGACUGCAGGAAAGUGCUUCAAAAAUAAAGAAAAGAAAGGAUCCUCUUUUGCUUUUCCUCCUGAUCUCCUGGAAUGCAAUGCUGGUGUAAAGAUUGAAAGUCUGACAGCCAACUUGAGCCAUAAGUGACUGAGGAUAAAAGGCACUCACUAAGCUGGAGAGAAAGAAAGAUGGGAGCAACCUGGCGUGAUGACCAUGGAGUUGUCCUAUGAAUCCUACACCACCCACCUGCUGACAUCCUCUGUGUGAGCAUGAAUAAACUGUUUUGUUCACACCA